AUGGCACUUUCUCUCCUCACGCUCAAGCGCACCCACACGUUGCUCGAGAGCCGGGUUACCGGGGAUGAGAAGUGGAUUCUCUACUCUAACGCUCACUGGCGUGCUCAAUGGGUUGACAAAGGUGCGGAUGUAGAAGACUUCCCUAAACCCAACGUACACGCCAAGAAGGUUCUGCUCUGCAUCUGGUGGAGCGUCCACGGUGUCGAAUACUGGGAGCUGCUAGACGAAGUACAGUGA